UACGACUGAUCUCCCCCCCCCCCCACAAUACAGCAUAAAGCUAAGGUAAAACCAGCUAAGCUAAGCUCAACUAUCUCACUACUUCCAGCGACCAGUGUUUGUGCUUUUGUUUCCCACUGUAGAAGCAGAUCGUUAGGCAGACUACUACGCUAAACGUCAGCGAUCACUUCAUCAGUAUCACAAAUCACCUUUUUGUACAUAGAUUCUACCACCUAACUUGUAAAAAGAAUUCAGUUUACUCAUCCUAUAUAUAACUACUACAACCACUACUAAUUUUUACUAACUUUUAUUGUCACUAUGCCCUCCGAAACUAUAUGGUCUAGUGGUGGUAAUACUUCACCAAUUCAAUCUCAUGGUGUAUCUCAAUAUAGAUCAGUAUUAGAUUCAGUUGAUCCAGAAGUGGCUAAAUUAUUAUCCACUACAUCUUCUUCAACUCCUGCCAAUGAUAAUGAUAGACGUUUUUCAUUUAAUGAUGGUUCAGAUAUUGAUGGAUCAAUCUUUGGAUUAAAAAAGGGAACUUUUUCGGCUAUUACUGCUCCUGUUGGAGGAACUGGUAAUGGACCAAAUAGUGCUAAUUUAGUUAAUAAUUCUUCAACUACAAAUCCAAGAUUAAAUUUUGGAACUGCCUCUAUUAGUGGAGGUAUUGCAAGUAGACAUCCUCAUCCUCAAGAUAGCUUUUUACAAAAAUUUGCUUCUGUGGCUGAUGCUACUAGAGAAAUUGAAUUAUCAAAUGGAUUUACUAAAUUAAAUCUUGAUAAUUCAAAUUCAAGAAGAACAAGUUUUAAUACUAAUAAUCCAGUAUCAAAUGAUUCACCAAUUAUUUUAAGUUCUCCUCAUGGAUCAAUGAAUGAAAAUUUAAAUAUGCCAGCUCCAAGAAAUUCAAGACAUCAAUCUAUUAGUGAAAAAAUUGAUCAAUAUAAUAAUACUUCACCAAUUCAAGCUAGUGCUGCUUUAUCAGUAAAUUCUGAUUUAAAUUCAAUUCCUAAUGAUAAUUUAAAUUUAAAUCAUUCCCUUUCUAAUAAUGGUCCAAAUUCAAAAAUUCCAAAUGGUGGUAAUGGUAAUCAAAAUCAUAUGCCUCAUAAUUUUUGGAAUCCAGCAACUGCUUCAUCUUUUACUCCUGCUGCUUCUUCUUAUCAAUAUUUUAUGGAUGGUAUUCCUGAAGGAGUUCAUGUUCCACCACCUCAAGUUUUUAAUCCUUAUGGUGGAGCAGGAAUUAGAAAUCCAUUAAAUGGUAAUAAUUCAAAUAUUCCUCCUAUUACUCCUCCUCCAUUUAUGCUUUCUUCUCCUCCUCCACAAUUUAUGGAUCCGGCUUUAUUUAAUCUUAUGAAUUAUGGUCCAAUUAAUUCUACUAAUAAUCCAACAAAUCUUAGUAAGAAUGAUUCUGAAAGUGGUGAAAAUAAUUCAGAAAGAGAUAGUGAAGCCUCUAAUUCAGCUAAUACUGAAACUAAUUCUAAUUCUCAAACUACUAAGGGAACUCCAAAAUCUAAGAAUAAUAUUAUUACUCCUGGUAUUGGAAUGAUGAAUAGACAAUUACCUCCUGCUUCAUUUAUGUUUCAUCCUUAUAAUCCUUAUUCAGUUUAUCAUCAAUCUCCACCUCCAAUUGGAAUUCCUCCUUUAUCACCUAAUCCUUUACCAUUAGAUGGUAAUCUUGCUCCUCAAGGUUUUAUUGAUCCUUCGAUUGUUCCUCCACCUCAACAAUCUCAAUCUCAACAAUCUCAAUCUCAACAACAACAACAACAACAACAACCUGGUAAUGGAGAUUUCCCACCUCUUGCCCCAAUUCAACAAGCUCCUUCAACUAAAACUCCACCAAAUUCUAAUGGUGGAGGUAAAAGAAAGAAUGGUGGGUCUAAAAGUGGUAAUUCCAAUACUAAUGGUAAUAACAAUGGUAAUGGUAAAGGAGGUGCCAAUCAUAUUUAUAGAUCUCCAUUAUUAGAAGAAGUUCGAUCCAAUUCUAAAGGCAAAGAAUAUUAUUUAAAGGAUAUUUAUGGACAUGCUGUUGAAUUUACAAAAGAUCAACAUGGAUCAAGAUUUAUUCAACAAAAAUUACCUGAUGCAACUGAUGAAGAAAAGGAAGUUAUAUUUAAUGAAAUUAGAGAUAUUUCAUAUGAAUUAAUGACCGAUGUAUUUGGGAAUUAUGUCAUUCAAAAAUAUUUUGAAUUUGGAUCAAUGACUCAAAAGAAAGUUUUAUUAGAUUAUAUGUUAGGACAUAUUUAUGAAUUAUCUUUACAAAUGUAUGGAUGUAGAGUUGUUCAAAGAGCAUUAGAAGCAAUUGAAUUAGAUGGACAAAUUAAAAUCAUUGAAGAAUUAAAAGAUUUUAUAUUAAUUUGUGCAAAAGAUCAAAAUGGGAAUCAUGUAAUUCAAAAAUCGAUUGAAAGAAUUCCAUUUAAUAAAAUUCGAUUUGUAUUAGAAAGUCUUGAAAAUCAAAUUUAUCAUUUAUCAACUCAUCCUUAUGGAUGUCGAGUUAUUCAAAGAUUAUUAGAAUUUAGUGAUAUUAAAGAUCAAGAAGUUAUUUUAAAAGAAUUGAAUAGAUUUAUCUUUUAUUUAAUUCAAGAUCAAUAUGGGAAUUAUGUAAUGCAACAUAUUUUAGAACACGGAGAAUUAAGAGAUCGUGAAGAAAUUUUAAAAGUUGUAUUAGGAGCCGUAGUUAAUUUCUCCAAACAUAAAUUUGCUUCAAAUGUUAUUGAAAAAUGUAUUAAAUUUGGUACUUUAGAUCAAAGAAGAAGAAUUUUACAUGAAGUUAUGCUUGGUAAUGAAGAUUUUACUAUUGAAUUAGUUGAUGAUGAUUCUCCUUUAGCAUUAAUGAUGAAAGAUCAAUAUGCUAAUUAUGUUAUACAAAAAUUAGUUGAAGGAUUUGAUGCUAAAAGUGAAGAAAAGAAGGUCUUGGUAGUUAAAUUAAGACAAUAUUUAAAACAAAUAAGUUCAAGAAAUACUUAUGGAAAACAUUUAGCAUCAGUUGAAAAGAUGAUUAUCGUUGCGGAAACGGCUUUAGAUGAAGCCGACAAUAAUUAGAUGGAUACAUACAUACCUCCUUUAGGUUACUUAUCCUACACUACUACAAAAAGUUAUACAUGACUUAAAUUUUAAUUUUUUAUACUUUCUUAAAUAGCCAAUUAGUUGUUUUCAAAAAUUCAUAAAAACCAAAACAAUUCAAAACCAAUCUGGGACAUUAUUUCAUAUCAUAUGAAUACUUUAUUUGUAUGAAUUAUUAUUAUUAUUAUUAUUAUUAUUAUUACUAUUACUAUUUAUAUCUUCUUGUCAAUGUUUA